CAAUGGCUUGCAAAAUGUUGAAAAGGUUUAAUUUAAACAUUUUAACUUAUCAUGUUAUUGUUAUUAUUAUUUGUUUAUUUAGCAGAUGCCUUUAUCCAAGGCGACUUACAGAGACUAGGGUGUGUGAACUGUGCAUCAGCUGCAGAGUCACUUACAACUACGUCUCACCCGAAAGACGGAGCACAAGGAGGUUAAGUGACUUGCUCAUGGUCACACAAUGAGUCAGUGGCUGAGGUGGGAUUUAAACCGGGGACCUCCUGGUUACAAGCCCUUUUCUUUAACCACUUUAACCACUGGACCACACAGCCUCCCAUGUUGUGACAGAGAGCGAAUUAAUCCUAGUCAACAAUCUCCCUCCCGACCUGUGAGGGCGCUGUGUAACAGGAACAGUGUGUUCCGAACUGGAUGGUUUGACAAUUCAUUCCAGGGUCAGUUGGAAGUCGGCCAUCCAGAAAGGGGGCGGGGUCACAGUACCAGAAGUCAUGGAUGUUACUGCACUGUCCACGUUGCUGGAAGCGCUGAACCAGAGACAGGUGGCUGCGGAGAGCAAGAGAGAAGAGAGGUACACUGCGCUGAUCGAGAGGAUCAGCAUCAGAAACGCACACCAAAUACCAACAGGACCCAUGAUGGCGCCCCCUAAAGCGCUGGCACAGAAGAUGACAACAGAGGAUGACCUGGAGGGAUACCUCGCCUUUGAAUGGUUGGCUACUGCCAUGUCAUGGCCUCGGCAAUACUGGGCUAGGCAGCUGGGCACUUGCUUACUCAGGGAAGCCCAAGUAGCUUACCAGGCCAUGACCUAGGAAGAGACCAGCCAGUACGACCUGGUCAAGCAGGCCAUCCUCUGGCAUCUUAACAUCACGGGGGAAACGUAUGGGGUGCAUAGUGGGGGUGGUGGAAAGGCUACCACACCCAGUAAUUCUAGGCCAGGACUGACCGUACAGGUGAAUGUGGCAGAAAAACAAGGGGAAACGAUUGGUGAGAUCUUUCCCUUACAAGCUGACUUCCCUUUUUUAUCCUAGAAAAACUAAGAAAGAGACAGAUCUAAAAAUGGGAAAGAGCAUCACUGAAACGAUGCAGGGGUCUGGUGUGAGAGGGCUCGGAUGGUAUCAAAAGGCACUCAAAGGGAGUCAGUAUGCAGCGUGACUGUGAGGACGAGGUUACUGGGCCAUCCAGGGCAGAUACUCCGGGCCCUCUCAAUAUACUGGAUGUGUGGGACCGAAGCACAGACCGCUUGGGGGCAGGUCCGGUCAAUUGAAGAUAAGGAUGUUGAAGGUUCCCCAAUCUUAUCAGCCCGUGGUCAUGAGGCUGGCGCAUGAUAUCCCUUUUGCGGGGCACCUCGGAGCUGAUAAAACAAGGGAGCGGAUAUUGGCUCGAUUUUAUUGGGUAGGUUUUCAUACUGAUGUGUCGAAAUAUGUAGCCACAUGUCAAGACUGCGCCCCGCCCCUUUGGUCCCACUGCCGAUUAUUUCCACCCCCUUUAAACGUAUUGCAAUGGACAUAGUGGAUCCUUUGCUACCUUCUGACUCCAAGUAUACACAUAUAUUAGUAGUGGUAAAUUAUGCAACGCGAUACCCGGAGGCAGUUCCAUUGAGGUCCACUAGUGCCGCUGCGAUAGCCAAAGAACUAGUGCAGAUUAUGUCGCGAGUAGAGAUCUCCAAAGAGGUACUGACUGAUCAUAGAAUUAACUUUUUGUCUAAUACGUUACAGCAAGUAUAUAAAAUAUUAAAAAUACGUCCCAUCAGGACAUCUGUUUAUCAUCCACAGUCGGACGGUUUGGUGGAACGUUUUAAUCAGACCCUAAAGCAGAUUUCAACAGGGUUCUCCCCCUUCGAGCUCUUGUACGGCUGACAGCCUCGCGGCAUCCUCAAUCUGUUGAGAGAGGGGUCCUACUCCGAGAUCGCCUGGAUUUGGUCAUCGUUUGGCCAAGGACAUCUAAAAUUGUCUCAGCACCGGCAACAGCAGCACUAAGUGGCAGGGGACAUAUGAGGUGAUUCGGGCUAUAGGGAAAGAAAAUUAUGAAAUUCAGCAGCCCGAUCACCGCAAUGAACAGGAAAUUUACCAUGUCAAUUUAUUAAAGCCCUGGCAGGCAAGGGAGGCCUUAUUUAUAGCCCCAGGCUAGGGACUCUGCAUAGAGUCCCAUAGCACACAGAGCAUUCCAAUGGGGGAACAGUUACUUCCAGAUGAGAAACGAGAUCUGAUGUGCCCGGCAGAACUAACCUUGUUGAGCAUGCUAUUAUCACUCCCCCAGGUAUCACGGUUCGGGAGAGACCUUACCGGAUCCUGGAAAGUUGACGAAGUGGCAUUAGCAAAGAGGUGCGGCUGAUGCUUGAACUUGGGGUGAUUGAACCUUCCAGGAGCGAGUGGUGCAGUCCAAUUGUGAUAGCGGCCAAAAAAGACAGUACCAACCGCUUCUGCGAAUAUUUCCGCAAGGUAAACGCUAUUGCCAAGUUCGAUGCAUACCCCAUGCCUCGGGUCGACAAGCUUCUAGACAGACUGGGAACGGCGAGGUUCAUCUCAACUUUGGAUCUGACAAAGGAAUAUUGGCAGAUCCCCUUAACCUGCAGAUCACGUGAGAAAAUCGCAUUUUCAACUCCUGAUGGUCUGUUUCAUUUCAUAACCAUGCCGCCUGGGCUACAUGUGUGCCCGCUGCCUUUCAGAGACUGAUGGACCAGGUCUUACGCCCACAUCAUGAGUAUGCAGCAGCACAUAUUGACGAUGCGGUUAUUUACAGCUCCACCUGCCAAGAGCAUAUGGCUAGGCUCACAGCCGUCUUGCAAUCUCUGAGGGUAGCCUGGCUGACAGCCAACUUGGGUAAAUGUGCAUUCGCCAAACUAGAAAUGCAAUUUUUGGGAUUUAUUAUGGGACAUGGGCAGGUGAAACCCGUCGCACCAGAGUCCUGUUCAUUUUUUUUUUACUGUGUAUGAUGUAUUAAGCAUUUCUCUGUAUUUGAAGUAUUAUGGAUUUUCUUGUUGUUACUGCAUCUUGUAAAGCGCUUGGUGAUGGUGGUCCACUAUGAAAGGCGCUAUAUAAAAUAAAGAUUGAAUAUUACUUAUAAUCCAGGGCUGGCAAUGGAAUGUGGAACAAGCAAUGUGAUUGGUCAAGCAAGGUUCCAGCUGUCCGUAUAUUGGAUGGAUACAGACAGUUGGAGCCUUGUCACAUAUUCAAAAUCACUGCACUGCCUCGCAGAAUGUGAAGUACUGUAUUCCUUUGAGACGCCCUCGAAUUUAAGAUGCAACCCUAAUUUACCACCCUCAAUUUGAGAAAAAAAUAACAUCAAAUAGAUAUGCAUUUACAAAGAUACAACCUCAAUUAUGCUGUUAUAUCGUACACAACUGACACGAAACAAUGUCGUUGUAGAUUAACCAUGGAUCUUGUUUAUUGUGCUGCAUACUAUAAUACUUAAGAUAGCGUCUCUGUCGUACGCACACCCCUCACUCACUUACAGCAUCACGCACCCUGGCACAAGCAAAAUGACACAACACUCCACUACACCAGGCAACAUGUAACCCAGCAACCACAACAGCACUGAUCGCAUUGCAAACACAACAGUCACAACGGUAUGCACAAUACCAACAGAACAUAACCUACUCAUGGAGAUUACUCACACCUGUUUUUCUCCCAGUUUGUGAACUGUGGUAUUGCUUGGCAUGUCGAAAAAUAUGGGGGUCUGAUCAGCAUUCCGAUCUGUCCAAGCUGGUACUGUUUGUUGAAACAACACUGACAUUGUAAAAGUUUAUCUUGGAAUUCCUCAGGAAGCUAUCAUUGUACAUGCCUGUAUGUCAUGGAAGAUUCGAGAUCGGGCAGUAAUGCUUUGAUUCAUCUUUUCUUGGCAGUCAGUCACGUUGCUGCUUGUGAAUUCGGGUAGUGAUGUCUUUGUUCAUUUUUUCUCAGCAGUGUUGCUUGUGUGUUCAGGCAGUGACGUCUUUGUUAGUUUUUUCUUGGCAGUAAGUCACGUUGCUGCUUGUGUAUUCGGGUAUUCAUUUUAAUACACGCAUCAUUACUGUACUUGAAUUUAAGAUGCAGGAUAUUUUUGAGAAGCAAACAAUUGUUAAAAAAGUGUGUCUUAAAUUCAAAGGAAUACGGUACUGGUAGCCAUCCUGUCUACAGUUACAGAUGUACAGUAACUAUAAAACUGACCAAUUACCAGCAAACAAAUCCCAGAGGUAAGUAGACAUGCCGAUAUGUAUGAAGAACAAUUCAAUGAACUGGAAGAUAGCAAAACAGGGAAAAAAUCACUGUCUUUCAGGACUGGCUGAAACAAAAAACACAUUGUAUCAACUGUGGAAAAUCCACAUCUUAAGAAAAUCUUUAUAAAAUACUAAGGGAUUUCUAUGGAAAUGUAAGGAAUGCCCAUGGAGAAGAAUAUAACAUUUCAAACUACAUUAGUCUAAAUGAAAACAAAACUGGGGAAUCUGUCAAUAUAUACACUCGCCCCGACUUCAAAUAAUGUCUUUUUAGCGGUUUGUAAAUGCUAGAGAAAAACACAAAAACACAUAUCUGCACAUUAUCUACCCCUCUCUGACACAGACCUGAAAAAUGACUGAAAUCCGAGACGUCAUUAUUAUUAUUAUUUUAAUGCCAUUCUGCUGAAACAACAGCUCAACUCCGCCUCCUGGUGGAUCUUUUCAAUGGCAAUGUACAAUUCACACAACACCCCGAGGCGUCCGUAUAUGUGAUGUAUACGGCACCCUGUCGGGCCUUAUUGCAUACAUAUACAGCAUAUAGAGAAUUCUGCCCCACGCUUCUGAUUUGACAGUAUGGGACACUGAGACCAUUGUGGCUCUGAGGCAGGAAGCAGGCUGCAGUGUGAAGCAUAGCAAAUACUGAGCCAAGAUGACAGACAACAGGACCCCGUUUUUACAGAUCAGAUUGAUGUUUGCUGUUUUGUUUCCGCAGAGGGGGGGUCAAAGGGCCGAGGUUUGGAGGGGGGGCAGGGGGAUGUGCCAGCCAUCGUGGUGGAGGACUCCAGGGGGCAGCGCAAGUCCUCGAUCGAGGGGUCCGAGCCCCCCAAGACCUCCCUGCAGACCACCCGCCUCGUCACCGCCAUCGUGCUGCUGUAUGCGGGGCUGGCAGGAGUGCCCCUGCUGGUUGUCUCCAUUGUCUCAGUGCAGUCUCAUUCUCAGUCUGCCUUCACCGCUCCCUGCUGUUGGGAGGCGGUACUGCUCUGGUCGUCUCUGCUGCAGACCCUGCCCCUCCCCCUCCUGGUCUGGGGGUGUGAGCGGGUACCGACCCAAAGCCCGGCCCAUGUGGGAACGCUGCCUCCGAGCCCUGUCCCAGGACAGCACAGAGGAACCAGGGAGAUGCCUUGACGACCUGGAUUCUGUCGCCAUGGUUUCCAGAUCUGCAGAGACGAAGCGAGCCACGCUAUUCACUAUGGAGAGAGGGACAGGGAAACCAUUUCUACCUAAUCACAGCACAGCAUUGCAAAGCAGAGUGCAUUAUCUGCAGGUCCCUGCCAAUAGGAGGCACUCUCACGAUGACAGUGAUUCCUGGAGUCACACCCCCUCCAACUCCCUGCUUCCUCGUUGGUCUUCCUCCGAUGACAUCGUCAGCAACCGACACCGGCUACCUGUGGGGAGCGGGGCCUUGUCCUUACAUCACUUCCUGGAGAUGCUCCCGCCCCCAGAUGCACAGAGGUGUAUUGAGAGUAUGAAGGAAGCCACCUCCCCCUGCUUCUCCAGACAGGAAGUGAUGCGCUUCAUUGACCAGGAUGACCUCUUCAUGGCCCAACGAUGUCACCACAGCAACCAAGCCCGGAGAGCGUCACUUGCCGUUGUCAUGACAACACCCACCCUAACCUGCUCCGAGCGCACUCACAGGGGGCGCAGACAGCGGCCUGCGAGGAGAGCCUCCCUCAGCGGACCCAAUAGCCAGAACCUCAGGGAGCUGCACUGCGGAGAACACAGAGACUGGGACUGAACCAGCCAGUGUGUGUGUGUGUGUGUGUGUCUGUGUGUGUGUGUCAGUGUAUGUGUGUGUAUGUGUGUGUGCAUGUGUGUGUCAGUGUAUGUGUGUGUAUAUGUGUGUCAGUGUGUGUGUAUGUGUGUCAGUGUGUGUAUGUGUGUCAGUGUAUGUGUGUGUAUGUGUGUGUGCGUGUGUGUGCAUGUAUGUGUGUCAGUGUGUGUGUGUCAGUGUAUGUGUGUGUAUAUGUGUGUCAGUGUGUGUAUGUGUGUCAGUGUAUGUGUGUGUAUGUGUGUGCAUGUAUGUGUGUCAGUGUGUAUGUGUGUCAGUGUGUGUGUCAGUGUGUAUGUGUGUCAGUGGGGGUGUGUGUGUCAGUGUGUGUGUAUGCGUGUGCAUGUUUCUGUGUUACUUAAUAUUAAAUAGUGUUUAUAGAACAAAGCUUCAAGUGUCAUUUUUUGUGCAAAGAUUUAUUUACUUUUAGAGACUCCAGUCUGUGCUUUUUGACAACUCUGCUUCAUCUCACUGUGCUUCACCUCACUGCUUCAUCUCACUGUGCUUCACCUCAGUGCUUC